CCCAUCUCAUCUCUCGUCGUCAGUAGUCUCUCUCGCCUCUCCCUCGAUCUCUCCUGCGGGGCCUGCCGCUCUCGUCUCUCUCGGUCUCUGCUAACUCCAAUCCCCAAUCCCAAACCCUAGGGAAGCCAGCAGGCAGGCGCCGGCAAGCAGGCGCCGGCAAGCAGGCGCAACGGAGCGACGGUGAGACCGCGCGGCAAAGGCCCAGCUCGACGCCGCAACAGGCCGACGGCGGCGACCGCGCGGCCAACGCCCAGCGCGCGAGCACCGCGGGGUGCCAGGCAGCCAGCGGUCAGCAGAGGAGGCGGGCAGCAUCCCGCGUCCUGCCCUUCCCGCGCACACGCCAGUUAGACGGUGUCUAGGAGGGGUGGUUGGGAAUACCCAAUCACCAAAUCUUGGUCCGCGACGGUUCCACUGAUACAAUCCCUAUGACCGACGCUGAGCCACCUCCUACAGUGGAGGUGGAGGAGGCCAUGCCGACCACCCCGGAUAUUGCCCUAGACGGUGACAAUGAGCGCUACAAGUAUGUUGAGGCUGCUGAGGGUGAGAAGGAUGGCGGAGCUCCUUAUGGUGAAGGUGGAGGUGGCAAGGUGGAGGGUGCAAAAUCCGGUGGUGAUUAUGCUGUGGCAGAUGAACUCUUGGUGAUUGCGGAAGACCCGAAUCUUCCCGAUGUUGCUAAGGCUGACAGGUCAGAGGGGGAUGCUGGUGCAGAGCUGCACGCAAAUAUUGUUGCUGCUGCUGUGGAUGUUCACGCGGCGGCGGGUGCUGCUGCGGCAUCCUCAACAUUGGUGGAUGUUCCCACAGAGGUUGGCAUGCAAACCAACGAGGUUGUUGCUGUGGAUGAUCUCACAGAGGUGGGUGCUGCCCUGGUAUCAUCUACAUCGGUGGAUGAUCCCACAAAGGUGAGUACUUCUCUGGUCAAUGAUGACUGCAAUAUAGUUUCCACUGAAGUUGUGCAUAGGUCGGAUGACCAGACUCAUAAGGAGGUUGGUGGUGACUCCCUUGAUGCUGGCGAGGCAGCUCCCUUGGUAAAUGAUGCACAGGAUGACAGUACAAGGAUGGAUAAAAAUGUUGCAGUUAGUGAUGAUAUUGUGCACACUCAAGAUUAUGAGAAGCUGCAGAUGGAUGUGGCAACAGAUCUGUUAAAUGAGAGGGAAACAGAGGUUAUGAAAGCUGUAGACCAUGUUGCAGAGGAGGGCACAGAUAUUGAUAUGCUGCUCCAAACUGGAGAUGACAAUGUGGCGGAAUGUGUUGGCACUAUUUCUGAUGCUGCUACAUAUGAGGGCAAGCAUAUGGAUGCAGUUACCAUGACCAGAGAUGACAGCGAGAAACAUAAUGGGGCAGUGGGUGUUGAUGCAUCUGAUGAGGGGAUACAGAUGGAUCGAGAUGGACUAAUUGGAGAUGAUAAUGAGCAAGAGGAGAUUGCAACAGCUGGUGAAGAUCGCGUGGAAGAGGAAGGCAUGCGGAUGGGUGCAGUAAACAUUACUGGAGACAUGAACAAGGAAGGCAGAGUAGUUGCUGAAAACAUUGCAGAUGAAGCUGUUGAUGCUGUAGCUGUCCCUGAAGAACAGUCCGUGCAGAUGGAUGAGGAUGGUGAUGAUAUUCCUGAAGAAGAGGCUGUGACAGCUGAUCAUGAUGGAGUGGAAGAAAAUGCCGUGCUGAUGGAUGCAGCUGCCACAACUAACGAUGAUGAUGAAGACGACGGAAUUGUUGGUGAAGAUGUUGCAGAAGAAGCUGUCACUAACACAGUUGGUGAUGAUACCCCUGAAGAAGAUGCUGCGCAUAUGGACGACGACGACGACGAGCCUCCUCCUUUGAUGGCAAAGAAAGGCGGAGGGCGUCGAAAGAGAGGCCGUCCAUCUUCCAAGGCCCAGGCUGUGGCGAAGCUAUCUGUAAAGAGGAAAGAUGAGGAGGAGGUUUGCUUCAUUUGCUUUGAUGGUGGUGACCUUGUGAUUUGUGAUCGUAGGGGCUGCCCUAAAGCUUAUCAUCCUUCUUGUGUUAAUCGGGAUGAUGAUUUCUUCAAGUCAAAGGGUCGAUGGAAUUGUGGGUGGCACAUCUGCAGCAACUGUCAGAAACCUGCACGCCAUAUGUGUUACACAUGCACCUAUUCAUUGUGCAAGGCAUGCAUGAAAGAUGCGAAGUUCAGCUGUGUCAGAGAAAACAAGGGCUUUUGUGAGACAUGCAUGAACACUGUGAUGUUGAUAGAAAAUAGAGAGGAGGCAACUGAUCAAAUGGAUGUGGAUUUUGACGACAAAAGCAGCUGGUGGUAUUUGUUCAAGGAUUAUUGGUUAAAUUUGAAGACAAACUUGUCAUUGACAGUUGAGGAAAUAUCAGCAGCCAAAUCUCAAAAGAGUGGUGAACUACCUGAUACUAAUGAUGAAGAGGCUAAUUCGGAGAGUUCAUCGGGGCGACAUCUAGAGAACAAUACACCAAAAAAGAGGGGAAGGAAAAGAUCAAAAGAAGCUGCCAUCGAGGAUGGUUCUGAAGGAAAAGAAAGCUCUGGAAAAUCUACCAAACAAGGCCUGUCAGGCAUCCGUGAUGCUCAGACUUCUUCGGGGAAAAAGGUUAGAAAAUUAUCCAGGCGUUCAUCCAAAGUAUCUGAAAGUGUUGGGACAUCUACAUCCUCAGCUGAAGAGGCCAGCUGGGCUUCUGAGGAACUCUUGAACUUUGUAGCCCAUAUGAGAAAUGGUGAUAAAUCUGCGAUCAGUCAGUUUGACGUUCAACCCCUUUUACUUGACUAUAUCAAACGCAAUAAUCUGCGUGAUCCUCGUCGAACAAGCCAGAUAAUUUGUGAUUCUUUGCUCCAAAGUCUCUUUGGCAAAAAACGUGUUGGCCAUUUUGAAAUGCUUAAACUUCUUGAAUCACAUUUUCCCAUGAGUGAGGUUUCACCAUCAGCCGAUGAAAAUCAUGGUGGUGUAGUAGAUCCUGAUCCUAGUCUGGAUGCUGAUGGUAACAGUGAAGCUUCAGUUGUUAUGAGUUCAGAAAAAAGAAGAAAAUCACGCAAGUAUGACCAGAAACGUCAGCCUAAUCUUGAUGACUACGCAGCAAUAGAUAACCAUAACAUUGGAUUGAUGUACCUGCGUCGCAACCUAAUGGAAGAGUUGAUCGGUGAUGUUGACACGUUUGAUGAGAAAGUUGUUGGAUCAUUUGUAAGAAUAAGAAUACCUGGUACAGGGCAAAGGCAAGACAUUUAUCGACUUGUACAAAUUGUUGGGACUGGAAGAGCUGCGGAAAAAUAUAAAUCUGGGAAAAAAACUACUGAUAUAACGCUAGAGAUACUAAACUUAGACAAACGGGAGGCAGUAACUAUUGACAUAAUCUCCAACCAGGAGUUCACUGAGGAGGAAUGCAAACGCUUGCGUCAAAGCAUAAAGUAUGGAUUCAUUCCAAGGCUGACAGUGGGAGAGGUUCAGGAGAAAGCAAGGGUUCUCCAAACUUUGAAAGUCAAUGAUUGGAUUGAAAGUGAAAAGAUGCGACUUGGGCAUCUUCGUGACCGCGCGAGUGAUAUGGGCCAUAGAAAAGAGCUUAGGGAAUGUGUGGAGAAACUGAAGCUGCUAAGCACUCCAGAGGAGCGUGCUCGUAGGCUAAAUGAAGAACCUGAGAUACAUGCUGACCCUGCGAUGGACCCAGAGUAUGAAUCUCCGGAGGAACAGGAGCAGGAGACUGAAAGAAGUAGCUUUAAUAAGUCGAGAGGUUCUUUCUUGAGGAAAGAUGGUAAUCUUGUGUCUCCAGUUAAAGGAGAUGGUAGAAAUCCUUUACAGCGAGAUCCAAAAACUAACUGGGAAUCUAAUCGAAACACAUGGGCUGAAUCAAGUCCUCAUGUGGAGUCACCCCUUUCACGGAGAUCCACAUUCUCUUCUCCAGGUGAAAGUGCUGGUUAUACAAGUAAAUCGGAAAGUCCUAACAUUGGUGCACAAACAGUGAAAUUGGAAGGUACCACACGCAGUGCUUCACAAGGGCCAUCUGGUGUCUCAUCUGGAAUUUUGGCUACUAACAUAGAUUCAGGGGCAAAAACUGCACCGCAAUCAGCUGUUAACGAAUCUGAGAAGAUCUGGCAGUACAUGGAUCCUUCUAAUAAAAUCCAAGGCCCUUUCUCAAUCAUACAGCUGCGGAAAUGGAACUGCAAUGGUUACUUCCCUCCCAGUUUGAAAAUAUGGAAAGCUAGUGAGAAGCAGAAUGAUUCAAUACUAUUGACUGAUGCUUUGGCGGGGAAGUUUGAGAAAGACCUUCCUCCAUGGGAACCACCACAUGUUAGUGCAUCUCAAAUUGGCAAAACCCCACUUGAGGAAAGCACAAUAGCUGGUGAGCGAACUCCAAAAUCAGUAGUUCCAAAGUCUUUCUCAAGUAGUGAUCAAAGGCAGGACUACAGUUCACCGAACCUUGGAGCAACCAUGAUCCAUUCUGGCACACAAGGUUAUUAUGGAAUGCAAAAUUCUCAAGCAGCAUACACAAACCAACAGUCUCUUACUGGAAGUUGGAAUGCUGUCUCUAGCCAGUUUGGAGUUGCAAAUCCGAUGACACCUACCCAGCCUGCCAUGGGAAACUUUUCGGGACAAAAUAUUGUGGCUGCAGGAAAUAUGGGUCAUUUAACUCCUGGGAUGACUCCUGCUACUGCAACUGCAGAAUUAACCUCAGAUUUACCCUCCCAGAACCAAAUAUCAUCUGCUUUACCACAAAUGGGUGACAGAUUACCAGAUGGAAGUGACUCUAAGUUAGGAGAAAAUGCUUCACAUGGAAGAGUGAGCUCUUCGGAUGAAGCUGUUGGAGCACUGGGUGCUCAGCGUGGACCAGCACAACUGAACACUCAGCAACUUGAAGACACAAGGAACCAGAUGUCAACACCAUCUGCUGCAUCAGUACAACCUUCGGUGACAGCCAUUGCUGGUAGUGAUACUCAAAACAGCGGGUGGGCUGUACCUGCACAAGCGGCCAACACAUCUGGCCAACCUCAGGUAGCUGGAAAUAUGACCUGGGGAACCGCACCUCAGGGUGAUGCAAGCAUGGCCUGGGGAAUGAUGGGACAGAGCAAUAUGAAUAUGCCUUGGGUAGCAUCAGCUCAAGGUGCUUCAGGCUACAACAUGGGGGUAACUAUGCCAUCACAGCCAAAUGCAGUCCCGAACAUGGGUUGGUUACCAAAUCCUGGAAACACAAGCAUGAACAUGAUAUGGGCGGCAACUCAAGGCCAGGGGACUCCAAAUGCAGCGGCCAUGAUGGGAGGUCAGAUGCAAGGAGUUGCAGUGGCUCAAUGGGGUGGCGUUGCAGCAGGGAAUGUAAACCCUUAUCCUGGCUGGGGAACCCAACAAGUUGGAAACAUGAACCAAAAUGUCAGUUGGAGUGCUCCUGUGCAGGGAAAUCCAGGUCAGGCAAACAAUAACAUGAGCUGGAAUGCACCAAAUGGUAACCCUGAUUGGAACAAUCAGCAGAGAGAUAAUGGGGGCAGGCACUCUGGACACCGUGACUCAGGUGGAAGGCCAUGGAAGCCACGUUCUAGUGGCGAUGGAGGGUCAAGGGUAAAUAAACCGCAGGGAGUAUGCUGGACCUAUCUUGAACGGGGGCAGUGCUUUAAAGUUGACUGCAGGUUCGUCCAUCCAACAAACACAGAUGGAUAUUCCUCCAGGAAUGAUCGGCACUUUGAUAGGCAGCACUCAAGCAAUGAUAGGCGAUAUGACGAUCAUAAUGAAAGAAAUGAUCGGCAGUUUGAUAGGCAGCCUUCAGACAAUGAAAGGCACCAUGAUAGGUCUGAUGACAGGCACAGUGGCAGGGAUGAUGACAGGCAGGCUGAUAGGUCUCAGUCAAGAGAUCCGCACUAGAACCCUUUUUCCUUUUUUUAUCUUGCAACUUCCCUCCGUUUUGUUGUAUGUGAAGUAGCAUACUAGCCUAGUAGCAUCCAUGCAUGUUUUGAACUCCGCCUUAUAGCGAGCUGCAUACAUGUGCAAGAAUCAUCAUGUUACAACAGUUGUAGUUUGAUGCUGUGGGUAUCCUAGUUUGAUGCUGUGGGUAUCCUAGUUUUGAAUUUAAUAAUUUACUCUAAUAAAUCGUGGUGUAUGAACUCUGAUGUAAAGCUGGGGCCUGGGACUCCACAUCCUGGUUCUCUAUGGUCCCGACUGUUGCGUGUGUUUUUAAAGGGUUUGAAGAUUGGUAGUGUUACCUACAUGAGGAUGUUUUUGAAAUCCUAA